AUGGUGAUUUACGCUGGUAAGCUGGUUCUGGCACCUAUGGUGCGGGCAGGGGAAUUGCCCACUCGGUUGUUGGCUUUACAACAUGGGGCUGAUCUCGUAUGGUCGCCUGAAAUCAUCGAUAAGAAACUGAUUCAAUGUGAAAGACAGAUUAAUGAAACACUAAAAACUGUGGAUUUUGUGAUUCCUUCACCUGGCGGUAAUAAACCUCCAACUUUAGUGUUUAGAACGUAUCCUGCGGCGGAAAAGGGUAAAGUCAUCUUCCAGAUAGGUACGGCUACCCCAUCGCUAGCACUGGAAGCUGCUUUGAAAGUGAUUAAGGAUGUAGAUGGGAUAGAUGUGAACGCAGGGUGUCCAAAACAUUUCUCUGUGCACUCCGGGAUGGGCGCUGCGUUGUUACAGACUCCAGAGAAGCUAUGCUCUAUCCUGAAAGAGCUAGUGACGAAGGUGGGUGAACCAUACAAGAAACCUAUUAGUGUCAAGAUCAGACUUUUAGAAGAUGAAGAAAAGACUUUGAAGCUGGUUGAGAGGUUGUGCUCUACUGGCAUAUCCAACUUAACCGUCCAUUGUAGAACUACGCCGAUGAGGAAUCGUGAAGCUCCAAUAAGAGACUAUAUUCCAGGAAUUUACAGAAUUUGCCAAAGAAUGAAAGUCUCGCUCAUAAUGAAUGGUGCAGUACGAGAUAGAUCCCAUUUCAGAGGUCUGAGGGAGCAAUUGAUACUCCCUGAAGACAUUGGAGGUAUGAUGGCGGACUGCGCUGAAAAUAACCCAACAGUGUUUAGCGACUCGCCACUGCCUUGGUAUGAUACUUGUCGACAAUACAUCAAGAUAGCGAAUGACUUUGAUAAUCAUUUGGGGAAUACAAAGUACAUGCUUUCAAGGCUGGUACCGGGAAAAUCCAAAUUCUUUCAAUUCUUUGCACGUUGUAAGACCAUGCAGGAAGUGCAAUUCGUCAUAGAUCAAUUGGGUCCCACCGGUGAGAUGUUGAAGGAUCCUUCAAGCUACCUGGACAAUUGCAGAGAGCAGGAUAAGCUUUUAAAGAGGAAAGCCAGUGAUCUAAAAUCUCAGCAGAAGCAGCAAGAGAAGAAGCGCAAGUUACAGGAAAAUAGCGCCGAAACAUAG